AUGUUUCUCUGCAAAUCGCCUAUUAGACGUCUCCCAUCUAUAGGAUCUCUUAUCUCUUCCUUGUCCUCGUAUAGGAAUUUGAGCUCCAACAUUAACACCGAUUCCAAAGUUGAUCCUCAUACUAAUACAAUACCACCACAUAUAUCUUUUAGAAUCCAUACCAACAAAAUGUCCGACAUUGAUUCCAAAAUCACCCCGUUAUUUGCGAAAAUCGACGAACUAAAGCCACAAUUUAUCGAUAGGUUAAGAAGAGCAGUUGCAAUUCCUUCUGUUUCAUCAGAUGAAUCCUUAAGACCCCAGGUCUUUAAAAUGGCCGAUUUCUUGAAAUCGGAAUUGGAAGCCUUGGGCGCUGACGACAUCACUUUUAAAGACCUCGGUAUUCAACCACCUCCAGUUGCAGACCCAAACCUUCAACUACCUCCAAUUGUUUUGUCCAAAUUUGGUUCCGAUCCAAACAAAAAGACAGUUUUGAUUUAUGGCCAUUAUGAUGUCCAGCCAGCUUUAUUAGAAGAUGGUUGGGCCUCUGAUCCUUUCAAGUUGGAAGAAAGAGACAACAAGUUGUUUGGUAGAGGUUCCACUGAUGAUAAAGGUCCUGUAAUGGGUUGGUUGAACUCCUUACAAGCUCAUAAGGAAUUAGGUAUUGAAUUACCUGUUAAUAUUGUCUUUUGCUUUGAAGGUAUGGAAGAAUCCGGUUCUCUUGGAUUGGACGAACUAAUUGCAAGAGAAGCUAAGCAAUAUUUCAAAGAAGUCCAAUCUGUCUGUAUUUCCGACAAUUAUUGGUUAGGUACCAAAAAACCUGUUUUAACUUACGGUUUAAGAGGUUGUAACUACUACCAAAUCAUCAUUAAAGGCCCUGGUGCUGAUUUGCACUCUGGUAUUUUUGGUGGUGUUAUUCAUGAACCAAUGACUGAUUUAAUUAAGGUCAUGUCUCAAUUGGUUGACGUUAAUGGUAACAUCUUGAUCCCAGGUGUCUUGGAUAUGGUUGCCCCAGUUACUGAAAAGGAAGCCGGUUUAUACGAUGACAUUGAUUUCGAUGUCAAUGAAUUAAAUUUAGCUUCUGGUUCUGAUACUGCCAUCUACCAAUCAAAGAAAGAUAUUCUAAUGCACAGAUGGAGAUACCCAUCUUUGUCUUUACACGGUAUUGAAGGUGCAUUUUCCGGUGCAGGCGCAAAGACCGUCAUUCCUUCGCAAGUCAUUGGUAAAUUCUCAAUUAGAACUGUCCCUGAUAUGGACUCUGCUACUUUGGAUAAGUUGGUCAUUGAUUACUGUAAUGCCAAAUUCGCAGAACUGAAAUCACCAAACAAAUUCACCGCAGAAUUGAUCCAUGACGGUGCUUACUGGGUCUCCGAUCCUUUCAACAACGAAUUCACCGCAGCAAAACUGGCAACUGAAAAGGUUUGGAACGUCACUCCAGACUUAACCAGAGAAGGUGGUUCUAUCCCAAUCACAAUUACCUUUGAACAACAGUUGGGCGCAAAUGUUCUUUUGUUACCAAUGGGUAAAGGUGAUGACGGUGCACAUUCCAUCAACGAAAAAGUCGAUGUCUUGAACUACAUUGAAGGUACGAAAACUUUAUCUGCAUACCUUCACUACUACUCCAUCACUAAAUAG